AUGGAUGUUAGUUCAACAGAUAGUUUCCCGGGGGCUCUUCCUGGCCAGCUCUUACUAGAAUAUCCAGGAUCGUUGCCUAUGGAGGAUCUAGAGGAAGAGAGACCCAUCAAUCCGCCCAAUACUCCGCAGACACUUUCAGAGUCAUCUUUCUCCUAUGGAACCUCAUACAGACACACGGAAUUGGAGGAGUCUUUGGAUUCCUUUGAUUCAGAAGAGACAGAGUCAGGUUCUUCAACAUAUGAAAAUGAUGGCACUUCCCAAAACCUCUCAUCAGCAGUGGAUCCACCGCCUCAUGUGCCUUACAUACAAGGAAUACCGGCAGUCAGUAUUGAAUCGCCGUUUGAGCCAUUCCAGCUUGAAACUAUAGAAGAGGAACCGGUGGAGGGGACAACGGCCUCUGGCGUAAAUACCAUGGAUAAAGGACCUCGACUACAAAAAGGGACCCCCAGGUCGACAUCGUUUACUGCCAUACUAAAUGAAGAUGAAGAGGAAAUCGAUUCAGACGAUGACGAACUAAGUGUGCAAUUAAUCGAAAAUAUUGAGGAUGAAUCCCCCGAAAACCCCGGGAAUUCGCUCCACUAUGUCUUCAAAACGGAUAGAAAUGAAUCCUCCCAGAGUACUACGAGACUGGCCGAGAAUAUCCCCGUUGCGUCUUUAGACGUUAAAGCUUCCAGGAGAGACCAUGAAUCAGCUGAAGCUGAGGCUGAGGCUGCAGAGGCUGAGCCUGAGCCUGAGCCUGAGGAUGAGGAUGAGGAUGAGGAUGAGGAUGAGGAUGAGGAUGAGGAUGAGGAUGAGGAUGAGGAUGAGGAUGAGGAUGAGGAUGAGGAUGAGGAUGAGGAUGAGGAUGAGGAUGAGGAUGAGAAUGAGGAUGAGAAUGAGGAUGAGAAUGAGGACAUGUUGUUUUCAGUGCCCAUGACGCGGAAAGCUAUUCCUAGGGGUACCGCCUUAAAGCUCACUAUCUCUAUCCCUUCCGGUCCGGAAGACAGUAAUCGACUUCCCUCCUCACCAAAAAGAGACGUGUAUGAUCCAACAUCGCUAAGAAAACCUGGCCCUGUGAAAAUGGAAAGCCUCGAGCAUGGUCUUGUGAGAAGGCGAGAAAUAUUACAACCUCCAUUGCUGAAAUUACCGCCUGUGUCAUCAAUCCCGCAAGAGCCACCUCCAAGUUAUGAAGAAAGCAUGGGACUUACAAGUGAUCCUGGAGUCCUUCUAAAGGAUCCUUUCAAUGGAACUGAUAGCGAAAGCGACAGUGAUAGUGACUCUGAUGAUUCUGAUGAUGAUGAUGUUUUUGACCCUAAUAACGAAGAUGAUUUAUAUGAUACGGCCUUUUCACGACUAGAUGUUUUGGAUGGGCUUAUUGCUGAGACUAAGGCAUGUAGAUCCUUUUCAUUGAGAAAGGAGCCAAUCAACACAACUACUAAGGUGGGUUCUGAUGAAUAUGAGGAAAAAUCCCUACCAAGUCAGGAGCAUCAACAUCCAGACGCUACGACUACUCGAACAGAUCACGAUGAAGACGGUCCGCUCAUUUUCCGAAAGCCACCUGGAAAGGAAUACGGGGAGAGAUUUAGAUUGGAACCCCAUCCAAGAAUUGCUAAAACCCAGCAUGUAGGGAAUAUACCGCUACAGCCUCUGAGUAUUGGGGGGAGCCAGGCUGAACCAUACGAUUUAAGCGUUAACAAACCUAUCUCCGUCCCAAUUCCAUCAAAUGACACGCCUUCAAUAACAGAAGAACUUCCAAGGCAUCGUUCCAUAAGGACUUUUCAUGGGCUCUUAGAAUCUCGGAAAACCGACCAGAAGCCAGAGGAUAAUAUAAAUAAGUCCAGAGACCUAAAAUUAUCUAGGAAUUCUAGAGAUAAUUUAUCCGGUCCUAGGAUGUUGUUUAAACGGGAUCUUGGUUUUAAAGAUCGCAAGGGCUAUUCAGAUAUGAUUAAUAUACUUGAAGAUGUGAUUAAUACACUUGAAAGGCCUAUAUCAACAUCCGAACCAGAAAUUUCCACUGCCGUCGACAAACCCCAAAUAACUGUGGACUCAAAUUCAACUCCCCAAAGGGCGAAGACACGCUUCUCAUCAAGUAAUACAUUGUGUAGCUCAGAGAUCGCUAGUCAUCUUGAAGAGGACGGGGUAGAAGAGGACGGGAGGGAAGAAAGGGAAAAGGCGCAAAAGGAUGUGAGCGAAAACGAAAGUGACGAAAAUGACGAACCAAGGAGCAAAGACGAUGAUCGAUCUAGUACAGAUGAUGAUCAAAAUAGCGGUCACGGCCCGUCGAGUGGAGGCGCUGAAAUUAUGACUGGACACACCACCUCAGACCAUCGAGAUAAUCAGGAGCGUGGCAAUUCUAAUAUUGAUUCACCGCCUCGAGAGAACGAUGAAAAAACUUCGCUUCCACCUUCAAACAAUUCUAAAGCUUGGGGACACCAUAUCCUAAACUGCGUCCCGAGCCCUGGUGCUGAUGGCAAGUAUACGCUUGAGGCAGAGGGUAUCAGGGCCCAAUUCGUUCCAUAUGGUGCUGGUAUAAGCAACUUGUUUAUCAAGGACAAGAAUGGUACCGAGAGGGACAUUGUGCUCGGUUGGGAUAAUGCUUCGUAUUAUACACAGGAUCCAUGGCAUGACCAUUACGGUAGUGUUCCGGGAAGAUAUGCCAACAGGAUCAAGAACGCAUCAUUUGAGAUCGAUGGAGAGACGUUCAAAGUCGACGCUAAUGAACACGAUGGGUUAAACCAACUCCAUGGUGGAAGCAAUGGAUGGGACUACCGCAAUUUCACCGUUGUCUCAGUCACAAAGACCUCAAUAACAUUCUCAAUCUUUGACCCCGAUGGCGAAAUGGGCUUUCCCGGCGAUGUCAUCUCAUACAUCACUUACACACUCUCAUCGUACACCUGGCAUAUCAGCAUGACGGCCACUGCUCUAACCAAAAAGACACCUAUAAUGCUGAGCUCGCACGUUUACUGGAAUCUUGACGGGUUUCAGAACCCUGAAACGGAAUUGGCUACUGAUCACACACUGCACCUCCCCUACUCCGGGCUCAGAAUCGGAGUCGACUCUAUUCUCAUUCCCACCGGCGAAAUCCUACCCAAUGCCAAGGGCUCUGUGAACGACUUUUGGAGCGAGCCCAAGAAGAUUGGUCGUGACUUAGACUCACCAGAUGCAGUUGGGAACUGCGGAGAGGGCUGCACAGGGUGGGAUAAUGCUUGGCUCGUCGGGAAGCAUGAUAUAGACAAUGAGCCCGUUGCGUCCAUCUGGUCAGACUGGUCUGGUAUCAAAAUCGACAUAUUCACCGCCCAGGAGGCAUUCCAAAUGUACUCCUGCAACGGCAUGAAAGGAGACAAACCAUUGAAGUCGACCCAGGGUCUCCCGGGUCGUCGCCUUACACAGCAGUAUGGAUGUAUAGUGCUAGAGGUUGAGGACUGGAUUGACGGAAUUAACCAUCCGGAGUGGAUGCGUGGAGGACAAAUUUGGGGCCCAGAGGACGGACCGUAUGUGUUGGAGGCAACGUACAAGUUCAGUACUGUUUAA